GAAUGGCGGAAGGAGCAUGGCGUGGAGACAUCUGAAACAACGGGCCCUGGACGCGGUGGUCAUCCUGGGAGGCGGUGGGUUCCUCUUUGCCUCGUACCUGACAGCCACAGGAGAUGAGUAUUUCUAUGCCAAACACCUGAUGCCAGCCCUGCAGGGGCUGCUGGACCCCGAGUCUGCACACAGGCUGGCCGUGCGCUGCGCUGCUCUGGGGCUCCUGCCUCGAUCCACUUUCCAGGACUCGGACAUACUGGAAGUGAGGACCCUGGGCCAUAAAUUCCGAAACCCGGUAGGAAUUGCUGCGGGAUUUGACAAGCACGGGGAAGCCGUGGAUGGGCUUUAUAAGAUGGGCUUUGGCUUCGUGGAGAUAGGAAGUGUUACCCCCAAACCUCAGGAAGGAAACCCCAAGCCCAGAGUCUUUCGCCUCCCCGAGGACCAGGCCGUGAUUAACAGGUAUGGAUUUAACAGCCAUGGCCUUGAGGUGGUGGAGCGCAGGCUACGUGCCAGGCAGCAGCAGCAGGCCAGGCUCACGGAAGAUGGGCUGCCGCUGGGGAUAAACCUGGGGAAGAAUAAAACCUCAGAGGAUGCUGCCUCGGACUACGCAGAAGGGGUCCGGGUCCUGGGCCACUUGGCCGACUACCUGGUGGUGAACGUGUCCAGUCCUAACACCGCAGGGCUGCGGAGUCUCCAGGGAAAAGGCGAGCUGCGCCGCCUGCUGACCAAGGUGCUGCAGGAGAGAGAGGCCUUGAAGCGGGCACACAAGCCAGCGGUGCUAGUGAAGAUCGCGCCCGACCUCUCGGCCCGGGACAAGGAGGAUAUCGCCAGUGUGGUGAGAGAGCUGGGCAUCGACGGGCUGAUCGUCACCAACACCACAGUGAGCCGCCCCGCCAGCCUGCAGGGCGCCCUGCGCUCCGAAACUGGAGGGCUGAGUGGGCAACCGCUCCGGGAUCUGUCCACGCAGACCAUCCGGGAGAUGUACACGCUCACGCAAGGCAGAGUCCCCAUCAUCGGGGUGGGCGGCGUGAGCAGCGGGCAGGAUGCACUGGAGAAGAUCCGUGCGGGUGCCUCCCUGGUUCAGCUGUACACGGCCCUCACCUACCAGGGCCCGCCCGUGGUGGGCAGGGUCAAGCGGGAGCUGGAGGCCCUGCUGAGGGAGCAAGGUUUUGCCCGAGUCACAGAUGCCAUCGGAGCUGAUCACCGGAGGUGAGGCCUGGGAGGUGGAGGCCUGCUCCGGAACCUUCUCCUAAGGCAGGGGAACCACUGUGAGUGAGCGUGAGAAGAACCCGAGAGCCCCUUAUGGCAGGAAGCCAUCGGAUGCCCACGCGGCCUGCCCCGUCGCUGCAUUGCCAUCUCUCCUUGGCGGUCACGAGAACCUUGGCUGUUUGUGGGGAAAAUAAAGCCACUUACCGCCUGGAUUUCGUCCCAGCACGUCCCGGAGGCCACCUUGGUCCCAAGGCUGCAGUGUUCUGGCCUCUGUGUAGGGUCCGUGGUGCACUUCCCGUAACGUCUCUCGCAUUCUCUCCAGCUCUGUUUAUUUUGAAUUGUAUUUUGGACAUAGUUCAAACAUGAACCAGAGGUGCAAGAACAGGGCUCGAGGCUGGCUGCCCUUUCCGCGUCCUCACGUUGUCUUUG